CGCACAAUUAUGGUUUUGGUUUUAACAAACUUUCUUUUUUAGAUUUAACAAAGGAUAGUGAAAUAUGGGAGAUGAAGUAGAUCGAAGAUUAUAUGCGGUUUUGGAUGAGGCGGUCGAUGAAUAUAUUGAGGAUACAUUCAACAACAUCGUCGAAAAUCGAACAGUCAAACCGAAGAAACAUGCAUAUGUCGAACGAAACCGCGAAGAGGGCCACAACCGUCUAUGGAAUGAUUACUUCCGUGAAGAUUCCACAUUUCCGGCUCAAUUUUUCAGACGCCGUUUCCGCAUGAACAAAGAAGUAUUCUUGCGUAUUGUCAAUCGCCUCUCCGAAAAUGUUACAUUUUUUCAGCAAAGAAGAGAUGCUGUCGGACGGUUAGGUCUAUCUCCACUACAAAAGUGUACGGCAGCUAUUCGUAUGCUUGCUUAUGGCUGCGCGGCGGACGCCACAGACGAAUAUCUCCGACUUGGUGAAAGCACAGAACUUUCGUGUUUAACUAAUUUUACAGAAAGCGUAAUACAAUUAUUUGGAGAAGAAUAUCUACGCAGACCCACUACAGAAGAUCUUCAACGACUACUCGACAUUGGAGAAAUACGUGGCUUUCCUGGAAUGGUUGGAAGCAUCGAUUGUAUGCAUUGGGAGUGGAAAAAUUGCCCAACUGCUUGGAAAGGACAGUACACACGUGGAUCAGGAAAGCCGACAAUUGUCUUGGAGGCUGUCGCUUCACAAGAUCUUUGGAUAUGGCAUGCUUUUUUUGGUCCACCAGGUACCUUAAACGAUAUUAACGUCCUCGAUCGGUCACCUAUUUUUGAUGACAUUUUACAAGGUCGAGCUCCAAGGGUACAAUACGUGGUCAACGGACACCAAUAUGAUAUGGCGUACUACCUCACUGACGGUAUAUAUCCAAAAUGGUCAACAUUUAUCCAAUCUAUCUCACUUCCUCAAGGUCCUAAAGCAGAGUUAUUUGCUAAAGUUCAAGAAUCAACCCGAAAAGAUGUGGAGCGGGCUUUUGGAGUAUUGCAAUCUCGAUUUGCAAUAGUGAAAAACCCGGCUAUUUUGUGGGACAAGAAACAGAUAGGGAUGGUUAUGCGAACAUGUAUCAUACUUCACAAUAUGAUAGUAGAAAAUGAACGCAAUGGAUACACUCAGUAUGAUACAUCUGAAUUUGAAGAAGGAACCUCGACCAGAAGUUCGAAUGUGGAUGCACCCAAUACUUCCGAGAUGCCUCCAAGUCUCGCUAAUAUGCUUCUUAUACGGACUCAUCUUCGUGAUAGGCAGUUACAUGAACGAUUGAAAAAUGAUUUGGUAGAAAAUAUUUGGAACAAGUUUGGUAAUGAUGAAGAUGAAUAAUUAUUGUAUGUUUGCAUUUAAUCAUUCAAUAAAUGAAUUUUCAAUUU